AUGUCAGAAGAAGAUAACAAUAACCUAGCCAUCCAAAUAGUCAAUCUCCUUAAAAAUGGAGUUCAAAUUCAAACCCAGAACCCAAAACCAAAUCCCUCUGAUAGCCUAAAAAUUAGCCUCAAUCUUACUAGCCAAAACUACCCUCUAUGGGCUCGGAUGAUACGAGUCGCCAUAGGGGGGAAAUCAAAAACUCUUUUAAACCAUCUCACCCAAAACCCGCCAGAAUCCAGUGAUGAUCAGUGGGAACAAGAUGAUUUAAUCGUUUUUUCAUGGCUCAUCCAAAAUAUCGAGCCGGUCCUUGCUAGUAACUUAACAGAGUUCCCGACAGCGAAAACGCUAUAG